CUCCUGUCAGCUUCUCCUGCAGUCUCUCUCCAUCCCAGCCAGCUGCAGGCAACAGCCACGGCACCAAGAGGGGCUUUUCUUCCACUUGCAGGGGGAAGGACCCCCUUGCUGCCCCUCAAGCCAUGUUUUUCUUGCUGUGGCUUUGCUGCAGCUGCCCAGUCUCCUUUGGGCAGCCCGACUCUGAGAUCCUAGCUAGGUAUCUGGAAGAGAAGCUGAUGCUGGAUUAUAACUACUUUGACCGUGUGGCACGCAGAGUCCCAAGACAAGGCAGGUUAUUGCAGAGGCUGGAGACUAGGCCCCGGAUGGCCGAAUUCACGGUGAAAUCCACAAUCAUUUCUCGCUACGCCUUCACCGCUGUUUCCUGUACCAUGGUGAACAGCGGAUCUGAGGCCAAGGAAGGCGUGUUUGAGAUGCAGAUCCCCGCUGCUGCCUUUGUCUCCAAUUUUACCAUGAUUGCUGGGGACAGGACGUACCAUGGAGAAGUCACAGGGAAAGAAAAAAAACACAAAGAUGAAGGCAAAGAGAAGGACAAUAAGCGUUCUAGUCCCACGGACAAGGGGGAGAAUGGAUUUGAGAUGUUCAGGGCAUCUGGCACCAUUCCCCGCAAGACCCAGGCUGUCUUCCUGCUGCAUUAUGAAGAGCUCUUGCAAAGGCGUCUGGGGAAGUACGAGUACACAGUCAGCAUCCGGCCCCAACAGCUUGUGGGGAGGUUACGAGUGGAGGUGAACAUCCUUGAGAGCUCAGGCAUCAUUUCUCUGGAGGUGCCUCCUCUUCGAAACAGUCGGCAGAGAGGCAAUGGGAAAGUCAUAGAGGACAGCUCUCCACCUCCUUCUACCGUUGUGGGACAGACAAAAACUUUAGCUAAAGUGACCUUCACACCUAAUGUUGUACAACAAGCCAAGAUUGCCCGGAAUGGCAUUUUGGGGGAUUUUAUCAUUAGAUAUGAUGUCAACAGGGAGCUGAGUAUCGGGGACGUUCAGAUUUUGAACGGGUAUUUCGUGCAUUACUUUGCCCCCUGGGAUCUCCCGCCGCUGCCGAAGAACGUCGUGUUUGUACUUGACAGCAGCGCAUCCAUGGUGGGAACAAAGCUCCGGCAGACCAAAGAAGCCCUCUUCACCAUCCUUCAGGACCUUCGGCCUGAGGACCACUUCAAUAUUAUUGGGUUUUCCAACCGAAUUAAAGUCUGGCAGCAGGACCGUCUGGUGCCGGUCACUCCAAAUAAUAUAAGAGAUGCCAAGAAGUACAUUUAUAAAAUGUCACCUAGCGGAGGUACUGAUAUUAAUGGUGCUCUCCAGACGGGUUCGAAGUUGCUGAAUGAUUACAUUGCUCAGAACAACAUCGAUGCCAGAAGCGUCUCCCUGGUCAUCUUCCUGACGGAUGGGAGGCCCACAGUGGGGGAGACCCAGUCCUCCAAGAUCCUCAGCAACACCAAGGAAGCCAUCCGCGACAAGUUCUGCCUCUUCACCAUCGGCAUCGGCAAUGACGUUGACUACAAGCUGCUGGAGAGGAUGGCGCUGGAGAACUGCGGCAUGAUGCGGCGCAUCCAGGAAGAUGAGGAUGCCGCGGCCCAGCUGAAAGGGUUCUAUGAUGAAGUCGGGACGCCUCUUCUCUCCGAUAUUCGAGUUGAUUACCCCAAGGACAGCGUGGAGCAGGUCACCCAGAACUUCUUCCCCAACUACUUCAAUGGGUCCGAAAUCGUCAUUGCUGGCAAAGUCAUCAACCACACCUCAGACCGCUUCCACGUGGAGGUGACGGCCAGCAACAGCAACAAGUACAUCCUCCUGAAGACUGACGUGAACAUAGACAUCCCGAGUAGGAACGACAUCAGGGGCAUCCCUGGCCUGGAUAAUGGGAAAGGGGAUCAGAAUUACAUUGAAAGGGCCUGGAGCUACCUCACCAUCAAGGAGCUGCUGACUUCCUGGCUGAAGAGCGAUGACAGCGCAGAGAAGGAGCGUUUGAUGGAGAGGGCCAAGUCGUUGGCUCUGACCUACAACUUCGUCACCCCUUUCACUCGCUUGAAGAUGAAGGAGUUUGAGCUUCAGUCGGAAGGACUGGAGGAGGAUUAUGCCCAUCCUCCUACAGAGGGCACUGGGGAAAGUGUGCGGGGUUUGCAAGGACACAAGGCCCUGCCAGCUCUCAGCGUGCCCAAGCAACGAGAAAAACAAAGAAUCAGGAUCUCCAAAACUUCAGCGGACGGGGACCCUCACUUUGUCAUCGAUUUCCCCUCCAGCAAGCUAGCGGUCUGCUUCAAUAUCGAUGGGCAACCUGGGGACGUUCUCCGACUGGUCUCUGACCACAAAGAGUCUGGUGUAACCGUGAACGGGCAAUUAAUUGGAGCCCCGGCUCCUCCCAGAGGCCACAAGAAACAACGGACUUACUUUAGCACCAUCACUAUCCUCAGCAAUAAGCCAGAGAGAUCCUACCUAGAGAUUACACCCACCAAAGUCAUUCUGGAUGAUGGGGAAAGACUCAUCCUGCCGUGUGACCAGAGCGCCGUUGUGGGCAGCAGCGGCCUGGAAGUGUCCGUCGCGGCCAAUUCCAACGUCACGGUGACGAUAGGAGGCACCAUCAGCUUCAUCAUCCUGAUUCAUCAGUACAAGAAUCCUGCCCCUUAUCAAAAGGACCAUCUGGGAUUUUACAUUUCUAACAGCAAAGGGCUCUCCGCCCAUUCCCACGGGCUGCUAGGUCAAUUCUUGUACCGUGAGGUUAAACUUGUCCAGGACCCUCCAGGCAAAAGCGCUCAGCUGCUCGGUCAGAACCAAACAGAAGAGCCUAAGCCAGGCCCUGGGAAAACCCUGAAGGUGAAAGGUCGCCUGGUUCCUGUUGUGCAGAAGCAGAGGAAGAUUUACAACGGUCAGCAGGAAGUUGACUGCUGGUUUGCCAAGAACAAUGCAGACAAGCUGAUCGAUGGGGUCUACAAGGAUUAUCUGGCUUCUCAUCCUUUCGAUACAGGAACUGGCGUUGGGAUGAGUCGCCGACUGUAAGGGUAGAUCGCACUGAUUGCACCAGCGCGUGUAGCAUUGUUUGCCCUGCAAGAGCCUCUUGCGCUGGGUGGGGUUUUUUUUUUCUUGGUGCUCAAGCUUUUCCCUCUGGAAAUCUGCUGCCUCUCUUCUGUGCGGGAAGAACGUGGUUUGAGUCCUGGGAACGUGGGGGGAGGCUUUGCACGGAAGGAGGCCAGCACUUUCCUGGUGGGCAGGGCUGGAGGGGGAAGAAGGGAGCAGGUAUUGUUGAGUUCAACAGUGCAGAGAGAAGCUGGGGUAGAAAUAAAUAAACCCCCCUGCGGUGCUGUGCAAUAUCCACCAGCAGAUGGCUCAUCGCACACAGCUAGGCACAACUUGUAGAGGACCGUGCUUGAGGUGGGAUAAGACAAAGUGAUCUCAUUGACUGUGGAAAUGAUCUGGAGCACCACUCGAGUCAACCGUUGAUGCUUUUGGGUAAGGGGCAGGAGCAUGUGUUGGAAGAAACCCAGGGGCAGCAAAGGGUUAACAAGCCAAGCAGCUGCACUGCAGCCUUGCUUUCUUAGCCAUCACUACUGGGUUUGGGUUUGUUGGGAAGGAUGAAAUGCUAUCCCGGGGGAUCUCAAGCAGAGCAUGCCCUUGCGCGGCUUACUGCUGUUAGACCGCAGCCGUGCUCCGGAUGGUAACUCUGUCCAAACCAAUGAUGGUGACGGCGUAAGCCCCAUCUCUCGUAGCACCUUGGCUAAGCAGUCCUUCAGCUUUGGUUUUAAAACCAUGUUCUUUCCUUCCUCCAAAAAGCUCCUGCAUGGGCAUCCAACACACAGCUCAUCUGCUUCAUUACAGUACUAGGCACCUCUAUUUAAUGGAAAAGUUUUAAGCUCUCUGGACAAUAGGAAUCCAAUGACCACAGCGCGUGUCCUCACUCCUGUAUUUACAGAGACUUCUCUAGCAACUGUUACAGUCAGAGCUCCAUGGGAAAGAAAGCAGCUCAAAGGGUGGAGGGACGAACCAUGAUCUUCAUUUCUAAUCCCCAAAUGCCUAUCCUUCAAACACUCCUUGCCUCCUCUUCUGCACAGACGAGGCAGUUUGGAAGGCAAGGUUAUGAAUCAGGCCAGACACCCCCGCUGCAGGUGCCUGAAAGCACAGGGAGCCAGUCCAAAGGACUAGCUUGAGAUCUAUUUUAAAAUAUGAAGCAUCAUUUAAUAAAGCUGCACAUCAGCCACCAGGGAAAUCUUUUACUAGUAAAAUGCUGCCAGAGAUGAGUCCAGCAAUUAGAGACAUAUUUGUGCGGGAGGCCAAAGCUGAGCUAAUGUAUUCUCUCUUUCUGGGACUCAAAAAGGGAAGGGAGCAUGCGUGGAAGCAUCUUUUAAAACAGCCAAAUAGUUGUCAUCUGGAAAGAGAGCACUGAAGAACAGCUUUGAGAUCUAGCAACACAGGUGCACUCAUUGCUGGUCUUUUUGCUCACCAUGUGUUUUGCAGGAAAAGUCACCACAUUUUGGCAUCUACAGCAUCCUUCGGCUGCAAGAUCUACCGUUGAUCCUGUGUUGUGCAGGUGCAUUUAAGCUUUGCAUUUUGGUGAAUUUUCAUACUCAUUACAGUAAAACAGGCCUGGCUCUGAUUAAAAAUUUCCUAAGAUCAAGCUCAGCCAGGGUACCUCAAGUGCCAAGAGUUUGUGCCAAAGUUAGUGCUUUGCAAUUAAAGCAGAAUUCAUGGCCUUAGGCACAGAAACAAUCUUCCGCAGGGAGCUGGCUGCAACCCAGGCAGACUUUUGCUCCCACCCUAAUCCUCAAGCCAGGAUUGCCACAUAAGCUACCAUAAAUCUAACACUUGUGACCAGUAUCUAUUUUGGGGAAAGAAAAAAACAAAACCCUGCUGUUUGACUGGUGGGAGACCUGGGCACGGGCUAAGGUAGGGACCUCUUGCAAGUUGACCUAACAACCUAAGCUGAGAGUCCUGCAGCAGGUACACGGAGGGAGAAUAUUGAGGGGAAUGGGAACCUGUGCUGGUUAAAUUGGUUUCUGCCCUGAAAAGGUGGCAGGAAUACAUAGGCUGCUUUACAUCCUGCACUCAGCCGGCUGUUUCACUUGGAGUUGGUGGUCUGGGUACUGAUGAAGCUGCCGAAAGAACAUCCCCAAGGGAAUCGGACACUUUUGCACUGCACUUGUUGCCAUGUUCCCACUCCCCACCCUGGUUCAAUGCCUUAAGGAGACAGCUUGGUCUUCCAACACUGCCAGCCUGUAGGAAACACGCAGUCCAUUGAGGGCAGCAUUUUUAUGGUAGCGGUAGAUUUUUUUUUUUAAUUCUGGGUUACGAUGCGCUCCUCUAUACACACAAGUUCCCGUUCACAGAAAGGGACUUGUACUCUCAGUGAAAUACAGCUUCACUCCAUGCAGCAGCCAUGAGGGCACCUUGGUGCUCUGGGUGACAUGGGUCCACUUAUCCAUUUUCAUAAUAAAUAUUUUACAGUGAA